CCGUGGGAGCUCCGGCCAUAUGUUGACAUUUUCCUGAAUACCAUUAAAGAAAAGAGCAGGAAAACAAAACAAGGCCGCGCUGCAUUGUCAACUACUUGGACCUUCUCAUCACACAACCCAAUCAUCCACCCAGGCAGCUCAUCCGCCAAAAUGCCAGACGGGGACCUCACGGGCCAGGUACUCCUCACGCGAGCAUGGCUGUUCCAGCUUGUCGCCGCCGUGCCAAUCUUCCUCGCUCUGGGAUGGUGGGUGUUUGACAGCUUCUUCUGGUCGUGGAGCAGCAUCUACACGCUUUGUUCAGCCCUAUUCAACUGCCUGUUUGCGGGCGGGAUCGUCUUCAUCAUCCUCGUCCAGCGCCAGCUUCCCGGCGCCAGCAAGUCGUUGACGUCGUACUUUGAGAUUGGCAAGUCGGUGCUAGCGACGGCCAUGUGGAUCUGGCUACUAUGCGAUGCCGUUUACCACCCGCGCCAUUAUUCCUACUACCCUCCCGACGUCGAAAAGGAGUACCAGAAGCGCAAGAUUGUCUUUAGUGUCAUUGCGUUGGUUAUCCCCAUUGUCAUUUUCUACCCUACUGCUAUCUACACCACCUACCUUGCUAGGAAGGCAGGCGAGCUCCCUGGGAGUGCUCGGGUGGCGGAUGGCGGCAGUGAACGAGGGGAGGGAUCCAACGAGCAGACGCCUCUGCUUGGGGCUUGAGUCGCGAUGCCCUCACUCAAUUGUUUACUCGCUCUGUUCGGUUUUUUUUGCCAUUGGUUGUGAAGCAACCUGGCAGGUUGUGGACUGAGGAAGGCAGAAAAGUUAUGUAAUGCAGUAUAUACACUGUACAUAAAUUCUGUUAGCUUAGAAUGUGAUUGGCUGCUUAACUUAUUCCAGAUCCAAAAAUGCAAGGUGAGGU